AUGUGUCAUCUUCACUCCUAUGGCGCCGCUAAUGCCAUGUGUCACCUUCAUUCCUGUGGUGCCGCUAGUGCCACGUGUCACUUUAACUCUUCCGUCAACAAUAUGUCAUUUGUUUCAGGUUUCCUGAUAUCUUUUGGCAUUCGGUGCAACAUGGGCGUAGCUGUUGUAGAGAUGACCUCUAACGCCACCGCUACUGGGCAGCGGGAGAUCGACUGGAGUGACGACAUCGUCGGAGUGGUCGACUCUUCAUUCUUCUGGGGAUACCUGGUGACUCAGAUCCCAGGAGGACUUCUGGCCUCACGCUACCCAGCACACAGGGUGUUCGGCUCGGCCAUCACAGCAUCAGCAGUACUCAAUCUGUUCAUCCCAGGCGCCUCCAGACUCCACCCUGUGGCAGUGAUCGCCGUGAGGAUACUCCAGGGACUGGUGGAGGGUGUGACCUACCCUGCGUGUCACGGCAUCUGGAGGAGCUGGUCGCCACCCCUGGAGAGGUCACGCCUGGCCACCCUGGCCUUCUGUGGUAGUUACGCUGGCGCCGUCCUGGGCAUGCCACUCUCAGCCUACCUCACCGAGGGCAUCGGCUGGCCUGCACCCUUCUACUUCUACGGUAUGGCUGGCAUCACCUGGGGCUUUUUCUGGUACUGGCUGGCCUUUGAGAAGCCAUCCACACAUCCGACCAUCAGUGCCAGGGAACAACUGUACAUCGAGGAGAGCUUGGGCAAGCAGCCAGCGUUGCAGCCCACAUUCACCUCGACUCCAUGGCGGGCGAUCGCCACGUCGAUGCCGGUGUGGGCGAUCAUCGUGGCUAACAUAGCUCGUUCGUGGACAUUUUAUCUCCUAAUCAUCUCACAGCCAACAUACUUCACCGAGGUCUUCCGCUACGAUGUGGCCAAGAGCGGGACGAUCUCAGCGCUCCCUCACCUGGUCAUGACCAUCGUUGUUCCCUUCGGUGGCCAGUUGGCCGACCACAUUCGCAAGAACAAGAUCCUCUCCACCACCAACGUCAGGAAGGUCUUCAACUGUGGCGGGUUCGGCCUAGAGGCAGUGUUCCUGCUCGUGGUGGCUUUUAGCAGGAGCACCACAGUAGCCAUCACCGCCCUCACCCUCGCCGUCGGCUUCUCCGGCUUCGCUAUAUCAGUCAGCGGAAGAGUGGCAGAUAGUGUUCCUGGUGGCCUCGAUCAUCCACUUCCUGGGUAUCAUCUUCUACGGUAUCUUCGCCUCUGGGGAACUGCAGUCCUGGGCUGAACCGCCACCUGAACUCCAGCAACCCGAGCCAGAACAGCAACAGCAGCAGUAUGUGAAGGAGACAACACCAGCCCUAGGAGACCCUGGUCAGCCCAACGGCAAACUGGCCUCAUACGGCACGAUGGUGGGCGAUGGUACUGUAGGGGAAGGCCAAACCUACCCCCAGGAGACCUACACACAGCAGGAGGCCUACACGCUACAACAGCAUCAGCAACAGCCCUCAUUCACCCAACACCCGCCGUCCCAGGUGGGCAGCACUGACUACGCGACGCAGAACCCUCACAAUCCCUUCGCUGGGGCAGCGCCUCCGUCCAACCCCUUCAGCGGAGCCUUCACGCAGGAGGCAGUGCAGCCUCCUGCAGGCUACUACAACCAGGACCGGCUCUAGGUCAACACUUCCUGUGUACUGGCUGGAGGCCCCACAACCACCUCCAGGCUGUUAGCACUCAGCACCAGGGCCAUGGGUCAACACUACCUAGGCGCUGGCUGAAAAGACAGGAGCAUUAGCAUAUCAAAGGAGUUCUAAGCCUCCCAUUGCCUGUGUUAGACCGAGAUGGGUCAUUAGAUUGAUGUAAAUCUGUGCUGAGGCACUGCUAGGAAUCCAAUCUCUUGAUCUAGUGUGUUCAUUGCCUCUAGACGAGCUCUUUACCCCCCAACCUAAGUAGAACGUUGAGGAUUAGAUUGGGUUUGUUAGAGACGCUGAUAGAACAUAAUCUACAUCGUUUUUGGUUCAUUGAGGUCACGUGUGGCUCGGGAGAUGCGCGAGGCAGGUGCCAGGUCAGGCCACAAGUGGUUCCUGACCUACCCAGAGCCAGAUGUGAGGUCAGGCCACACGUGACUUCUGACCUUCGCCAGCCAGACGUAAGGUCAACAAUCUUGAGUUCUGAUCUUUGGGUUCGCUCCUGAAUCUAGAAACCAUUUCUAGAAGCCAGUUUUAGGUAGACCGUUCCAAUUGCGCUACAAGCUGAGAGUGUGUACAAAAAGGCGAGGGAAUAAUUUUAAAGACGCAAGAGACAGUGUUGGACAACACGAAAUUGUCGUAAGCUGAAGCGUAAAAAGAAGCUUCAGAAACACCUACCUGCAGUUUGUUACCAAAAACAGCAGCAGUUUGCUCUAGAGGAUCAAGAAAGAGAGAGAGAGAGAGAGAGAGAGAGAGAGAGAGAGAGAGAGAGAGAGAGAGAGAGAGAGAGAGAGAGAGAGAGAGAUUAACAAAAAAGGCACAAUAUCGUGACUAUAACAAUAC